UACGGUUCCUGUAAGGGAGCGAGCCCUGUCGCCCGGCCUCUUUAGCUCUCCGAAGGCCUUGGCGGCAUGAAGGAUAGCUUCGAUCCGGUGGACUCUGGUCGGCGCAAUCGCAAGCAAAAGCACCCGCGACCUGGGUUGCCGCCGCGGCCGCCGAGGCGGCCGAGGGGCUCCUCGGCGCCCCCUUCCGACGUCCAGCGGCCAUCUCAAAUGUCUGCAGUUGACUAUUCAGUGAAGCUUCUUGGUCGGGCAAUAAUGUCUCAGAUUGGCAUGAUUACCCGGUCAGGCCUCCCUUCGUAUGCUUAUCCUGGUAUGAUUACCAAGUCAGGUCUCCCUUCACAUGAUUAUCCCGGUUCGACAAAAAGAAUUGAAAUCCCAAAUGAAUUGGUUGGCAUUAUCAUUGGCAAAACUGGAGAAACGAUAAAAUCUAUCCGGCUCAACUCAGGGGCCAAGAUUCAAGUUACCAGAAAUAUGGAAGCAGGUCCCAAUUCUCUGACCACAACCGUGGAACUUAAUGGUACUCCUGAACAGAUCAGCAGCGCAGAGAAGCUAAUCAAUGAUGCAUUAGCCGAGGGUGGUUUUGGGGGUUCCAACAUCAUUUCUACUCAAGAGUCUGGAGACAUGGAGCCUGGCCCGGAGCAUUGUCACACGAAAACUCCAAAAGACAUGGCGAGUCCUUCGCAUCUGCCCUCUGGUGGUAUGUCUACAGAAAGCAGGGCAUAUUUAGUUGGUCUGAUGGGGAAGUUUGAAGCAGCAAAACAAAUUGUCAAUCAAAUUAUUAAGGGUGAUUCUGGGGAUCCUGGCAUCAGUUUUGCUCAAGAACUUGGAAGCGUAGAGCCUAUUGCUCAGAAGUUUCAGAUGAAAGUUCCAAAUGACAAGGUUUAUGCAAUCAUUGGCAAAAGUGGAGAAACAAUAAAACACAUCCGGCUUGAGUCAGGAGCCAAGAUUCAAUUGACUAAAGAUACGGAUGCAGGUCCCAAUUCACCGACUACGGUGGUGGAACUUAAUGGUACUUCUCAACAGAUCAGCAGCGCAGAGAAGCUAAUCAAUGAUGUGUUAGCGGAGGGUGAUUUGGGGUGUUCUGAUGUCAUUUCUGCUCAAGAGUCUGGAGACAUGGAGCCUGACGUGGAGCAUUGUCACAUGAAAAUUCCAAAGAACAUGGUUGGUGUAAUCAUUGGCGAAAGUGGAGAAACAAUAAAAUGCAUCCGGCUUCAGUCAGGAGCCAAGAUUCAAUUUCCUAAAGAUACGGGUGCAGAUAGCGACUCACUGACUACAACGGUGGAACUGUAUGGUACUAUUGAACAGAUAAUGAGCGCUAUGAAGCUAAUCGAUGAUGCAUUAGCUGAGGGUGGUUCUGUGGAUCCUGGCACCGCUUUCGCUAAAGAGUCUAGCAGAAUGGAGCCUGGUGCUGAGUGGUAUGAGAUGAAAUUUCCAAGCGACAAGGUUGGUGCAAUCAUUGGCGAAAGUGGAGAAACAAUAAAACGCAUCCAGCUUCAGUCAGGAGCCAAGAUUCAAUUUCCUAAAGAUACGGGUGCAGAUAGCGACUCACUGACUACAACGGUGACAAUGUAUGGUACCAUUGAACAGAUGAGGAGCGCAGAGAAGCUAAUCAAUGAUGCAAUAGCUGAGUCUAGAAGAACGGAGCCUGGUUCUGAGUUGCUUGAGAUGAAACUUCCAAGCGACAAGGUUGGUGCGAUCAUUGGCAAAAGUGGAGAAACAAUAAAACGCAUCCGGCUUCAAUCAGGAGCCAAGAUUCAAUUUACUGAAGAUACGGGUGCAGAUACCGAUUCACCGACUACAACAGUGGAACUGUUUGGUACUAUUGAACAGAUAACAAGCGCUAAGAAGCUAAUCAAUGAUGCAUUAGCUAAGGAUGAUUCUGGGGGUUGUUUCAUUGGUUCUGAUAGCACAAGCCUCGAUGUUCCUCGGCCACCUUCCAUCGACGACGCCCAUCGAGGGACUUAAUCCAGGAAGAGGUGCGCAAGGCGGAGCCAAUGAAGGUACUCCAGCCGCGGAUGCUCUUCCAGGUCAUCGGCAUGACCCACAAUCAUCAUCAGCAGCAGCACCGUCACUAUUUCAGGCCACUGAUGGGCAGCCUACUCAGCCUGUUGAUGGUGAGGGUGAGGGUUCCACCGGUGGGUAAGGCGGGAUUUGCAGCAGAGGCAACAGCAGCAUCAGCCCACCUAGUGACAGCCUCCUGUGUGUUCCGGUGGCCACACCAUCCACGGCACACCCAGGAUUCAUCCACUCCGGUUCUAAGGUCGAUUGUCUUUUUUUUUUUUUUUUUUGUUACACCGCACCAUGCCCUGCAGUCUGGCCAUUCCACUGUUACAGAGCAUCUUACUUUUGAAGGAAGAGGAACCUCUCUACUUUGUUCAUGAUCCCCGAUGGAUAUGUGAAGUCAGUGUUCUGUGAUUCGGAGAGCUGAGGGAGUGGUUCAUGUCCAAAAUUCAAUUUGUAGCAGACAAAAUUGAACUGAAUAAUCAUGAGUUGAUCAAUUUUGUUUUGUGCAAGUCAUGUAAUAAUACUAUGGAUCUUUAUGGCAAUAUUACUAGUACUGACAGAUGAUUACUAC